GGUAUGCAACCAGAGGAGUACGAAAAUACCGGUUGGUUGUCGUAUUUCAGCCGGCACAAAACGACCUACACGGCGGCUGACAUUCACAAGAUCAGCAAUGAGCUAAAUAAUGUCCGGAAAAACCUUACCGCCACGCAAUACGCGUAUGGCGAACUUAGCAGUGAGCUGAAAGCCUUGAAAAGUCUCCAGGAGCAGCGGUUGAGUGAGGAAUAUGAACGGGCCAACAGUAAAUCUAGCUCUUCCAAAUCAGCCGAAAAGCGAUUGGCACAACAAGCGGAGGAGAUAAAAUUUCUCAAGAAUGAAUUAACAGGUUGUAAAAAUGAUCUAUUGAAGCAGAUAAAUACGCUAAAAGUGAACGUGAGUGAGGCAGCGAAAAAGAAAUCAAAAUCGGGCCACCUCCCAUCGGGUGCUUCACUUAGCAUCGAAAGCAGAAUUAUCGCUUUGGACGCACAUUUGGAUCAGCUUGCCGGCGAGAACAGAAAUCGAUUAAACAGUCUCGAGUGUCGCCUUAAUCAGCUGGAACAGGCGCACGAACGGGACUGCGGUGCCGCUCUAAAGAAGCUGGAAUUAUCUACCAGUCGAAAGUUCCAGGAACUGACCAAUCUCCUGCUGGAACUCCAGCGUAAGAUGGAAUCUAGCGAAACAAAGCUGGACGAACAGAUUCGGAACCAGUCGAUGAGUCAGGAUGCAAUCUAUGAAGAGUUGGAUCAACGAAUGGACGUCUUUUCGGCCAAGCUGAAAGAUAUGCAUGCCCGAAUAACGCGCCUCGGUCAGAGGGAUGAUAUUGGCUCGACGUUUGUUUAG